UCUCGGGCUUCCGGGUCCGGGGAUUGCUGGAGCUCUUUGCAAAGCUCCGCCGCCCUGACGCGGCUGGAGGUGUCUGAACAUUUGGUUGUGGAUCCCGGAAGUCCCAUGGAUCCCUCUGCUGUGGGCCGUCCUGGCCCCCUGUGCACGGAGAACUCCUUUCUUCAUGCCUCGUCUCCGGUUUCCUUCUCCCUCCAAAAUAUGGAGGAAUCCCGGGCCCGUCUCUUGCACUCCAUUACUCCUUCUGCGGCAUGGCUCGCUUCACUGGAAUCUCCGAAACUCCAAAGCCAGGCCUGGUCCGACUGCCUGUCAAAACCUUCUGCGGUGAGCCUCUUGGAUCUCAGGAGUCCAAGCUGGGUUCCUGAGCAGCAAACAGCAAAUUUGGGCGCGGCAGGUGUCAUCGGUCCGAUGUGCAAAGUUGGCCUCUGGAAAGCAGGUCAUGUCCCGAUAGAAACCUCAGAGGAUGGUGACAUUGCUGAGGAAAUGGUGAUACCAGGAGGUGACUCAGAGCAAAGCAGACCCACGGCUUCGCUUCUUACAGCUGAGACUGAGAAAUCCCCGUUAUAUUCGACUUCCUCUAAACUGAAUCCUCUCUGGUUGGAGAAUCCUUUUUUGAAGGAAACCGCCUCGACUUUUCUCACUCUUCGAGGGCUAGAGGAAUCCAGAGCUCGCUUGCUGCGCCCUGUUGUAUCCUCUGCCGCCCAGUGGUCCUUAGUGAAACCUUCAGAUGCACAGUUCCCACUGGGACCACUGGAAACCCGUGGCACCACGAUGUCUGAAGAUUACAGGACGCAGAAUGAGGCUGUCAUGCCCUGCUGUGCAUUGGAGCAGCUGCAAACCACACCGGAGGGAGAGGUAGGCGAGGGGGACUCCGCUGGCGUGAUGCCAGAAUACAUCCUGACCGUUCCCGAGGACGUCCUGAAAGGACAACCAAAUGAGAAGGACUCCUCUGGUCACGAGUUGACGAUGGACAGCCAAGAACAGGAUGUGAGAGUGGACAAGAUGAAGCUGUUGCACCUGGUUUGCUGCUCGUUGGUGGAAGGGUCCAAGUUUGGGAGCCCUGCGGGAGAGAUGCAACGGGCUGUGGAGCAAGUCUGUGAAAAGCUAGCAGAGUGUGAACCUGAAUUUAUCCUCAAGGUGGCCUUGUAUGCUCGCCAGGAACUGAACAUCCGCAGCAUCGCUAACUUUCUCCUAGCGCUGGCUUCUCGCCUCCAGCCCUGCCGCCAGCAUCUUCGCCGCUAUUUCAGCCACACGGUCCAGCUGCCCUCUGACUGGAAGGAAGUGGCUCGGUUUUACCAGAGUUUAGCAAAGACUGGAGAAGUUCUGGCUCCUUUGCCUUCCUGCCUCCGUGCUGCCAUGACUGACAAAUUCCGGCAGUUCGAUGCGUACCAGUUGGCCAAAUACAACACCCGGAAGAGCCGUGGGAAAAAACGUCGCCGGCCAAAGACCCACAAGGAACUGAGAUCACGUGACCCAGAUGACUGGAAAAAGCACCCAUUGGGUCGUGACAGGACCCUUGCGGCGAAACUGGUAGCUCUGCAAAAAAUGUGCGACAAGCCUGUGGAGCAGGCCACGGAGCAUCCGGCAGCCCCCAAGGAUCGCUUCUCUCUCAAGGCCUUGAUACAGCGCCUUCAUAUUUCUGAGCCGGCCCUGCAUGUUAUGAGUCUCCUGGGGCGCAAGUAUCCCUCCGACCUGCACACCUUCUCCCGAAGUCGCCUUCCGGGGCCCUGGGACUCGGCCCUAGCUGGCACCCGCAUCAAGCUUCCACAGCCCCGCACUUGGGACCGGGAGCUGAGUCAACGGGGGAACAACGCUCAAGCUUGGGAAGAAUUGAUCGAUGCCGGGAAACUGCCUUUCAUGGCCAUGUUGCGAAACCUUCGCAACGUCCUGCGGGCCGGGGUGAGCGAAAAGCACCACCAACGGCUUCUGAGUCGUCUGGAGCACAAGGAUUCCGUGAUCCGCAGCAGGCAGCUCCCGUUUCGAUUCCUUGCUGCCUACAAGGUCAUCCAGCAAUUGGAAGAAGAGCUUAAGCGAAAAGACAAGCCCCUCCCUUCCAACGGUGACAUCAUCAAACGUAUCCUGAAGGAGUUUGGCCCACGUCUCCCAGGAGGGCUGACGCGUUCCUGGACCCGUCGGCAGUUGCGCUGCUUCCUGGAAGUCCCGGUGAUGUUCCGGUUGGUGAAGUGUGAGAAGAAGAAACUGAUGAAGUCCAGAGAAGUGAAGUACAACCAUGCCAUCCUACAGCGGUACCGGCAAGCGUUGGAAACAGCCAUUGGUUUUGCUGUGCGGCACAACAUACCCCCAAUACCUGGACGCACACUCAUUCUGGUCUCUUGCUCCCAAAAUAUGCAGGAGCCUUACAGGCGGGCGCGGGAUAUCAGCUGCCCACGUGCUGACCAAAAGGAUGACAAAAAGCCCAUGACGACGCUGGACAUGGCCUUUCUGCUGGGCUCCAUGGUGUACUCUGCCUCUGAGCAGGCCCAGCUCCUCCUCUGCGAUCAGUCCACGGUCCUGGGUCCCGUCGCCAUGACAGGGGCCGUGUUAAAGGAUGUGCAUCACCUACAAACUCAGGAGCUAGGACAGGACUACUGCACAAAUAUCACUGCCAAUAGCAUAAUCAAGGAUCUCACUGCUCGACGGCAACAAGUGGACAUGAUUCUCUUGCUGAGCAGCUUUUCUGAGCAGAUGACCUGCGACGCGUGCCUCAGGCUUUAUCGCCAUCAAGUGGCACCCCAAUGCCUCUUCGUCAACGUCUGCGACAGUAGGCCAUGGUCAAGGAAUUUUGAUUCCUCCGCGGAGGUAACGAUACACGGAUUCAGCGAGCAGGUCUUGAGGUUCAUGGCCGAACAUAGCAACUCCCGGUUCCUGGAGCACGUUGGGAAGAUCGACGAGAUCCACGGCCUGCCUGAGCCACGAGGGGCGGCGGCGGCAAAACCGGAAGCAGGAGUCGAACCCUUGAUAUCGGCCCCCCGGAGCAGGUGGCGCUCCGUAAAGGUCUUUGUCUCCUCCACCUUCCGGGACAUGCACGGUGAACGCGACCUGCUUGUCCGGGCUGUCUUCCCUGAAUUACGAGCCAGGGCUGCCCCGUUCUGCCUGGCAAUAGAGGAUGUCGACCUGCGCUGGGGGAUCACCGAAUACGAGGCCCAGCGAAACAAGCAGCUGGAACUUUGCUUGUCAGAAGUUGCACGAAGUCACCUGUUCAUCGGGAUCCUAGGUGAGCGGUACGGCCACAUCCCUGGAGACUGUUCGUUACCGGAUGAACCGCAGUACGAAUGGGUUAAGUCAUACCCGGCAGGCCGCUCCAUCACCGAACUGGAGGCUGUUCAGUUCCUGAAUGGUUGCAAAGACCCUUCAGACAGAUCCAGAGCCUUCUUCUAUCUCCGAGAACCAGACUUCCUUGACUCUGUACCUGAAACGUGGAGGGCAGAUUUUGCCGCUGAGUCGGAGGCGGCUAAGGAACGGAUGGUGGAUCUGAAGAACCGUCUUGAAAAUCAUGAGGGUCUAGCUUCACUUGGCAGGUAUAGAUGCCAGUGGGGUGGAGUAGCCCAAGGCCGGCCCUAUGUCAAAAGUCUUGAGGAAUUCGGAGCCAAAGUCCUGCGGGAUAUGUGGGAAAGUCUCUCUUGCCACUUCAUACAGGCUGCUGUUGGCUCGGAGCGGGAUGAGACCGUGGGCUCUUUCCGGGACUUCUUGCAACAGAACAUCGGUCUGCUUUCCCAGAACCCUUCGCUCCUUCUGCAACAGGCGGCCAACGAACCAGACUCCUCAGCUCUCUGUUCACAAGCCCAGACUGAGCUCAGAGGAAACGGGAGACAUUUCCUAAAAUGGAUUAACAAACCCCAGGAGCGCCCAAAGAACAUGAGCCUGGUUUUGCCUCUGCCAGCUGCUCCGUCUAGCGUCUCAGUUUCCCCCUCUGGCAGGCUGGGUGCGGUGGGUACUGCUGAGGGAACAGUCCACCUCCUGAACAUGGAGACCGGACAGGAGCUGAAGUCCCUGCUGAGUGCUUGUGAUGGAAUCUCGGCCUGCGUGUUCCUGUCAGAGACAUCCGUCUGCCUCGGAUCCUUCAACGGACGCUUGGAGCUUUGGAGCAUCAGGGAAGGAUGCAGGCUGAUGGGCACGGAUGCUCACAAGGCCCAAAUUACCGACUGCUGCGUCAAUUCGGACCUCCGACUGUUGGCUACUGUCUCAUUGGACGGCUGCAUCAAGCUCUGGGAAUCUGCCCAUGGUCAUUUGACACAUGAACAAGACUGCUUGCACCCCUUGAACUGCGCGACCUUUCACCCUGUGGGUCAGCUGGUGGCCACAGGAGGGUGGGAUAGAACGGUCACCGUCCUGGACGUCAACGAUAUGAGCGUGGUCUCGGAGAUGAAAGGCCACGAUGCCUCCGUCCGUUGCAUUUCCUUCUCCUCCGCCGGCAACAUUUUGGCAGCGGGGUCUCUGGCUGGAACCGUCUGUCUCUGGUCGUGGCUGGAAGCCGUGGCCUUGUGCACCUUUUCAGCUUGCUCUGGCUGCGUCGCUGCUGCUCGGUUUCUCCCUGGGGGGACGCUCGUCACAGCAGGCGAAGAUACCAAGGUGCAGCUGUGGGCAGGCCACCUGGGACAACUCUGGAGCACCUUAGAGUCCUCGGCCCUUUCUGCCGCUCUGUGCGCUGCGCCUAGUCCUGACGGCAGCCAGCUGGCUGUCGGGCACCACUCCGAUGACGUCUGGGUCUGCCGGCAACCGUGGCGAUCUAGCGUCGGCCCGACUCACUGCAGAGCGAAUGGGGUGGCCGUCUGCAGCCUUGCUUGGCUGGACAACUGCCUUCUGGUUGGGGGCAUCAACGACGGCUCCCUGUGCAUCUGGAACACCUCAGACCUUUCUCCCUUAUGCCUUCGCAAGCUUCAGGGCCACGACGGAGCUGUGACAGGCCUUGCCGUCUCCAAGGGUUUGAUGGCAUCGACUUCAGAGGAUUUCACCAUCCGGCUGUGGCGCACGGAGACCCUGAGACCUGGCCCCGCAGCAGACGCCAGCAUCUCCCCGCUCGCUACGCUGCAGGGCCACACGGCCGGAGUUACAUGUUGCGCUUUCAGCCUUGACGGCUGCUAUCUUGCCACCGGAGGCAAAGACCGGGCCUUGUUUCUCUGGGAUGUAAGGGACCCCUCCCAGAAGAGCCCCUCCAUCUGGCGCUCCCUCCCGUUCAGCCACCAAGACUGGAUCACCACCUGUGCUUGGACCGGUCCCAUGCUGCUCUCCGGUUCCAACGACUGCACCGUUUGCCUCUGGGAUCCCCAAACCGGCAAACGCCUCCGGGUGUUCCUGGGCCACCAGAGCCCCAUCUGCGGGAUUGCAACUGAGAGUGAUCAUGUGAUCUCCGUGGACAGGGAGGGGAUGCUGGUGGCCUGGGACCUCCAGGGAGUGGAGAAAACCCGGUUCCUGGCUCACCCGGGUCGGGCCAACCACUGUGCUGGCUUCAAGGAUCAAAGGGAAGAAGCAUUGAUGUUGGCCGCAGCUGGUUCCGAUGGGACCGUGAAGCUUUGGAAGCCCUUGACGAUGGCCCAACCCGAUGUCUUUUCUGGUCACUCCUCCGCUGUUUGUGGCGCUGCGGUUUCUCCAGCGUCUUCCUCCUUCCUGACGAUCGCUGAAGACAAAACGGCCCGGCUGUGGGACCUUCGCAGGAAGGACGGUGGCGUCAAAGGUCUUCCACAACACUGUGGGAUUAUCACAGCUCUGGCCUGGUCCCCAGAGGGGGAGUUUGCUGUGUCCGGUGGGGAACGUGGAGAUCUGACAUUGUGGCAGGAAGGCCGGGCCUUGGCAACAGUAAAGGUUGGCUCUCGCUGCAUCAGCGCCUUGGCCUUCACCUCGCCCCACACGGUGCUCGUAGCCUCCGAGAAAAUCAGCCUGUGGGACGUCAACACCAGCAGAUGUUGUGAUGGGAUGGACGGUUUAAAACACAGGAAGGUCCUGAAAUCGGCAGCAGAUGCUAUGGUGCUCUGCGCGUACACACCCAGUCCUGGCGGAUCUGUAGUUCUUGGUCUGAACAACGGAGACUUGCUGGUGCUCAAGGCAAACACCGAGGAUUUCUGGAACAUCAAGGACAAAGAGGAUGACUGGACUUAUGUGGGCCAAUUGCCCUUUGACAUUUCUGCCUCUGAGGAGGGCGUCCUUCAAGUCUGGAACGCUAUGAAUUCGCCUUACUUGUUCGAGAUGAGGAUGACCCAAUCGGGGGAGCUGAAGGACAUAGAGGGGAACUUCAUACCUUGGGAACCGAAGAGGCCAUCAAGCUGGGUCACUGCAGCUCGGUUGGUCAAGGAUCAGUUCUUGUUCUACGCUGACUCCGAAGGAGACCUGUGGACUCAGACCUCGCGGCAGCAGGAGGAGGAGGAGGAAAAUCAAGGCCGGCUUUUUGAGCUUCAGGCGUGGCAGAGGAGGAAGAUUCACAAUGACAAAAUCACAGCUUUCCAAAUCGUCGGGGACAAGAUUAUAACAGCAUCCCAUGACCGGGAUGUGAAAAUCUGGGACAGCGGCACAAUGAAACUGCUGGGUCUGUUCCGAUGCCAUGCCCCCGUCUCUCGCCUGGAACCUUGCCCCCGGCGGGACCCUUCGCCUCUCCUCAUGGUGGGUGACACCCUUGGCAACAUCUACUUCCUGGAGUGGAGCAGCCUCAGCGCUUGAAAGGGAAGAAGAGACACUGCAGCCUUUUCUUGCCCACACAAGCGACAAUCCCGGCUGAUCCCCUGCUGCGUUCCAGUUCCAGCCGUUCCGCAAAUCUGGCUUUGACAGGCGAAUAUAGAACAUGUGCACAAAUUGGAUCUUGGUUGGUUGGGUGGUCUGUUUUGCAGCCCUACAGCUCAAAAAAACAAGGACGACAAUACUGUUGAAGUAUUGAAGACGGAGAUGGCGGAAAUGAGUGAACACUGCUGUCUUUAAUGUCAGAUUUGUUCUUUUUUGUGCUCUUGCACUGUUGCAGACAAGUGGAAGGCCAUUGUAUGCAGCCGAUUUGCUAGUGCUUGAUGAUAUGAAUGCUGUUAUCUUGCAGUCUGUAUACAAAAUGUAAAUAAAACAGUCUACGGCAAAUUGAUGGGCAGGAAA